AAAUAAUUUGAGCCAAAGCUCCAGUUAUCAUGGGUGAUGCCGCAGAAAUGAAGGACGGGUUCAGCCUGUUCGACAAAGUUGGAGAUAACAACAUCGAGGCUAGCCAGAUCGGUGACGUCAUGAGAGCUUUCGGCAUCAACCCAACCAACGCCCAGAUCCAGAAAGCCAUGGAAGGAAUUGACCCAGCUGGAAAGAAGAGGCUCGGAUUCAACAGAUUCAUGCCAGUGUUCGAGACCGUAAAGGGAGCCAGCAAGCCCAUGACAUUCGAGGAUUACGUUGAGGGUAUGAAAGUUUUCGACAGAGAUCUUGUCGGAUACCUGAACUCCGGAGAACUGAGGCAUUUACUGACAUUCAUGGGUGAGAAACUGACAGAUGAAGAAGUAGAUCAAAUUUUCGCUGGACUUGAAGAUGAUAACGGCAACGUACAAUAUGAUGAACUUAUCAGAAGACUGAUGAAAGACGCAUAAGUUGAACACUGGGUAGUUUAUAAUCUUGAGACCAGCGCAAGAUGCCCUGCUGCCAGAGCGCACCUCGAGGCUGGGUCCUCUACCCCGGAGACAUGGCACGAGGCUGGCCUGGUGGUCGCAAUGGUGGUACCCGCGGGAUAUAAGUCCAUGGAAAGACAGAAAAUCGUUAUAUUGUGGCGCCACAAGUAUGAAACUCUAGCUCCUGUAUUGUGUUAUGUAUAAAUUUGGGCUCAAUUUUAUACAGUUUGUAAAUUAUGUUUUGAUUAUUGCAUGCUUGUUCAAA